AUGGAAGGAUGGGAAGGUUUAGCUGCUGAUGGGAGAAUACUUAGAGAUGCUCUUAACAGAAGAUAUUCAUUAAAAGUACCUCAUGGUUAUUAUUAUCUUGUUGAUGCUGGUUAUACCAAUUGCGAAGGAUUUCUUACUCCUUAUAGAGGGCAACGGUAUCACCUCAAUGAGUGGAGAGAUGGCCGACAUCCUGUAAGUCCUGAAGAAUUUUUUAACAUGAAACAUUCGGCUUCUAGGAAUGUGAUCGAGAGAUUUUUUGGUCUACUUAAAAUGAGAUGGAAGAUCCUUUGGAGUACUUGUUGCUAUGGAAUUGAUACACAUAUAGAUAUCAUAACUGCUUGUUGUCUUCUUCACAAUCUCAUUAGAAAAGAAAUGCAAUAUGACCCUUUGGAAGUUGCAUUAAAUGAUGUAAUGGAGCAAAAUGCAGGACAAGGAAAUGAUGAAGAAAAUUACAUUGAUGUGAUAGAGCCUUCAAAUGAGUGA